UCAACGAAAAGAGCUGAAUAUGUCGGCUCGGUGAUGUGAUCAGCUGUGUCCAAUCACAGCUGAUCGCAUGACAUGUACACUGAUCAUCAGGGCACUGAUGAUCAGUGUGCCCUGAUGAUCAGUGUAGCCCUAGCAGUGCCACUUGUCAGUGCCCAUCAAUGCCAGCUGUCAGUGCUCAUCAAUGCCACCUGCCAGUGCCCAUCAGUGCCUCAUCAAUGCCACAUAUCAGUGCCUACCAGUGCACAUCAAUGCCACAUAUCAGUGCCCAUCUGAGCUGCCUUUCAGUGUCACCUAUCAGUGCAAGUCAGUGCCACCUAUCAGUGCUGCCAAUCAGUGCCACCUAUCAGUGCGCAUCAGUGCCACCUAUCAGUGCCCGUCAGUGCUGCCUAUCA